AUGGAGCCAAGCAUCUCCCCAGGGCGCAAAAGCCGCUGCAAAUGUCAGCACCAGCCAAAUGCCUGCCCGGGGCUGUCCAGUGGCUCCAGAGCUGGUGCUGCUAGCAACGGGGACUCAGCGCCUCCCCAGGGCACAGGGCAGCUGAGUUCAAUUUCCUUUCCCCGACAUGAGGAGGAGUACCUUCAACUGACAGUCAACUGUCGUCCAUGCCUUUUAAUCCUUGGCCAGAACUGUAAUGCCAAAUGCCAGCUGCUGAACAUGCUCUUGGGAGAAAGACUGCUUCCCACCAACAAAAUUAGCAGUGAGGAGAACUGUAAAAGACGUCGAAUUCACUUCAGAUAUGGAAAACAAACACGGAUUAGUUUGGCUUUACCUGGACAGUAUGAACUAGUUCAUAAUUUGGUAGCUCACCAAGGGAGAUGGGAGACAAUACCAGAGGAGGACUUAGAAAUCCAUGGGGAUAAUGAGGACCUGGCACACCAGAUUGCAGAACUUGAGGUGACACUGCAUCAUACAUUGCUACAGGAGGUGGACAUUGUGAUAGCUCCAUGUUGGGGAUUCCAGUCAGCUGAAGUCACGUUGGGGGAAUACAUGAAUCAUGUCCUUCCAGUGAUCACCUUUGCUAUUAGUGAAGCAGAACUGUCUGCCCCGGAUAUGCGUGAACUGCAGGAGAUUAAAGAAAAAUUCUCCCCCCCUGUCUUUUUUAUUAAAGUGCCAGUUUUGGGCACUGAGCUCAUAACCUCUCAAGACACAGAGAAUGAAAAGUCAUUGCUUUAUCAGCAGUUGCUAGACCUAGACAACCUUAGUACCAAUCACUGCAGCUGUGGAGCUUCUAGCUUUGAUGCCAAAGCCGAGAGCAUGCUGGUGGAACAAUCAGAUAAGAUUCGUCUGCUUAGCACUUUUGCUAGAAAAGUGUUGCAGAAGCACUUGGUAGAUGCAGCCACGAUCUUGAACAUCGUCCACUGCCGAUGUCUGGACAUAUUCAUCAAUCAGGCCUUUGACAUGCAGCGAGACUUGCAGAUCACUCCAAAGCGGCUAGACUACACGCGUAAGAAAGAGAAUGAGCUUUAUGAGUCCCUGAUGAACAUAGCCAACCGAAAGCAAGAGGAAAUGAAGGACAUGAUAAUUGAAACUCUCAAUAACAUGAAAGAAGAGUUGCUGGAAGAUGCUGCUAAUAUGGAAUUCAAAGAUAUUAUCAUUCCUGAGAAUGGAGAGCCUAUUAGUUCCAGAGACAUAAAAUGUUGCAUUAGGCAAAUCCAGGAAUUAAUAAUUUCUCGACUCAAUCAAGCGGUUGCAAACAAGUUGAUCAGUUCUGUGGACUACCUGCGUGAGAGCUUUGUAGGGACUCUGGAAAGGUGUCUGAAGAGUCUGGAGAAAUCUCAGCAAGAUGUUUCAGUGCAUAUUACAAGCAACUAUCUAAAACAGAUACUGAAUGCAGCCUACCAUGUUGAAGUCACUUUUCAUUCGGGUUCAACAGUAACAAGAAUGUUGUGGGAACAGAUCAAACAGAUAAUACAGCGGAUUACAUGGGUGAGCCCACCAUCUAUCACCACAGAAUGGAAAAGGAAAGUAGCCCAGGAUGCCAUAGAGAGUCUUAGUGCAUCCAAAUUGGCUAAGAGCAUCUGCAGCCAGUUCCGGACGAGGCUGAACAGUUCUCAUGAAGCUUUUGCAGCCUCUUUGCGACAGUUGGAAGCUGGCCAUUCAGGCAGACUUGAAAAAACUGAAGAUCUUUGGCUGAAAGUUCGAAAAGACCACGCCCCUCGACUUGCACGCCUGUCAUUGGAAAGCAGGUCCCUGCAGGAUGUUUUGUUAUAUGGUAAACCAAAGCUGGGCCGUGAGCUGGGCCGAGGGCAGUAUGGAGUGGUUUACUUGUGCAAUGCCUGGGGAGGCCACUUCCCAUGUGCACUCAAGUCUGUGGUCCCACCAGAUGAAAAACACUGGAAUGAUCUUGCACUUGAGUUCCAUUACAUGAGGUCUUUGCCAAAGCAUGAGCGGCUGGUAGACCUUCAUGGAUCAGUGAUAGAUUAUGGGUAUGGGGCAGGUUCCAACAUUGCUGUUCUUCUGAUAAUGGAACAGUUGCACAGAGACCUCUAUACAGGACUGAAGGCUGGCUUGGCACUGGAGACGAGGCUGCAGAUUGCCUUGGAUGUAGUUGAAGGGAUUCGGUUUCUUCAUAGCCAGGGGUUGGUCCACAGAGACAUCAAACUGAAAAAUGUACUGCUUGACAAACACAAUCGAGCUAAGAUCACAGACCUAGGGUUCUGCAAGCCUGAAGCAAUGAUGUCUGGUAGUAUUGUUGGUACCCCUAUCCAUAUGGCUCCUGAGCUUUUCACAGGCAAAUAUGAUAAUUCAGUGGAUGUAUAUGCAUUUGGCAUCUUGUUCUGGUACAUCUGUUCAGGACAUGUGAAGUUACCAGAGGCGUUUGAGAGAUGUGCAAGUAAGGAUCACCUGUGGAACAAUGUGCGAAGAGGAGUACGCCCUGAACGUCUUCCUGCCUUUGAUGAAGAAUGUUGGCAGCUUAUGGAAGCCAGUUGGGAUGGAGAUCCAUCCCGGCGUCCACUUCUGGGUAUAGUCCAACCCAUGUUGCAGGGUAUAAUGGACAGACUUUGCAAGUCAAACUCUGAGCAAUUAAGUAAAGCUUUAGAUGAUUCUACUUGAAAAGAAGUCACAAGAGAGCUGUUCUGUUACAUGAGAACUCUGAUUCUUUACCUUGUCAGCAGCAACUCAAGGUGUAACUCUUCCAGAGAACCCAAGUAGAAAUUACACUCUCAGGUGAGAGGAUAUUGAAAUUGCACCUUGUAUAGCAGCCAGGAACAUUCCACUCCAGUAUACACUACUAAUGCAAAUUUGCAGUGCUUUCGUCAUUUUUUGAAGGUAAUGAAACGAUGGGAGGAAUUGAGACCCGAAGGGGUAUUUUGAUUGCCUGUUUCAGGCACCAGUAAAAGAAAAUACACUGUGUUUCAGUAGACUCGCAGCUAGCACAGCUGGGACUCCUGAGAAUCCUCUUCUACAUCUACACUCUAAUACAGUCGCUUCCCUGAAGGUCACACAUGUGAAAAUAUGGAUGAAUAGAAGAAACUAGGGUGGGUAACUGCUAACUGACUGAACUGAAAGGCAUGGAUUCAAGAAGUUCCCAUAAUACUUGGUAUGUUUACAUGGAGGGAUCAGAGCAUCCAUAUUCUUCACUGCAAUGGAUAGACCCAAGUAGUAUAAGCUAUCUGUUCUUUGUCUUGUCAGCCAAGAGCACCUCUGGUAAAUGCUUAACAGUAGUUCUUGGAAAACAUGAGUAAGAAAUGUUUUGUUUUGUUUUUGCAAUCUGACAGUGAGAUGGGUACAGCAUCAAAAGACUUCACACUUACACACGUUGCUAGCAACUAAACAUGGUCUGUACUUAGUGAACAACCAGUAGAACAUGUUUUUAACUACGGGGGUCUUCUUGUUUUGAACUAAGUGUGAAGGCAAUGACUGUUUUAAACUCUGCUGUAAUGUUGACAUUUUUAAAGAUAAGUUCAACUGUAUAUUUUAUGUCAUUCCCUUGAAGAGGACCCAAGAGAAACCCUUUGAUAUUCCAUAGGCAUUCAUGUUUGCUGUGUCUGUCCAUCAUUUGCUACCUUGGUGUUUGCCAUUUGGUAUGUUAAUCUAGGUGUUUAUUACAGGGAACAUUUGGGGAAGGAAGAGGAAGUCCAGAGACUUCUGAAAUGUGCUGCUUCUUAUCUAUUUUACACAUCCCUGACUUGGGUAUGUGUGUGUGUGUUUGUGUGUGUACAAGAACUAGUUUCUUAUUGCAACAAUAUUUUAAGCUGAGUGUAGGUUGAAAUGGCAAAUACACCUGAUAUGAUUGAGGGAAGGGAUCAUUUGUCAGUGUUCAACCAAGUUCUUGGAAGAUGGGCUGUGACUGAAUUCUUCCUCCUGGACGCAGUGGGAUGUGCACUGGUUCCAUCCUGAUGGGAUAAUCUAGGGCGUGCUAAGCAAAGCUGAACAGUCUUGCACCAUACAGUAUUUUGCUUCUGGGGUAGUACAAAGUAGAUAUGCAGCCUUGGCCUGUUUACAUCAACAGAAACCACUAGACAAAAGUAACUCUGCAGUGUUACUUAGCAGCCUAGAUGAGCCCUUCUCUUAGUGUAUAGUAAAGUUAAAAUCAUGCUUUUAGAAUGAUUGCUUUUUUACUUAAUGGGCAUUCAUUGUAAUGUGGUAGUGCAAACCAUAUAGGUACUUCCAUCCACAAACUGUAGCAUCUAGCAACUUGAACAGUUGCCAGCCACAGAAAAGCACAUCUGUUCUCAAAUAGGAAUGGCACUGUCAUGUCUGUCUGGGCCACUGUUCCCAUCACAUAACAGUAUUACUCUUUAUCAUAUUCAUUUUUUUCUGUUGCAGGAACUAGUACCCUUGUUAGAAUUAGGAGGGCCUAGGUCAGUAUUUUUGAAAGCAUAGAAAUAGUUUAUGUGAAAUAACAUGAAAUAAACUGUAUUUGAAAAUGCCUUGUAUAGCUUUUUCCAAGCAGCAACUUCUUUAUUCUUUACCCCGUGCCUUUUAAAAUACUGACUCAGAAUACUGUUUCUUGGUUUCACUGGGGCUGUGUUUCUUUAUAUGUACAAAACUGGCCUCUCACCCUCCCCUUCACAAUGUACAUCCAACUUAAGGCAUAUGUUUCAUUUUGGAGUAGAUUUCACAACCCCUGCUUUGCCCCACAGUAGGACACAGAGUUUUGUUAAAACUUAUAGCCUCAUCUCUAUUGGUAGUGUUACAGACUUAUUUUUAUGUUAAAGCUUGUAAUGAAAAUGGACACUAAAUGUUUUCACAGCUGCAGCUAGCUAUAGGGGUAACUAAGGUAUGUCUACUAGGAAUGAUAGGAAAAAUGGCUGUCUCCUGAUUGUAAAAUGAGCCAGUGAUAAGCACAGAACAACAGUUACUUCUGUCAUAUUCCAAGUGUCUUUACAAUAGUAUUAAUUGGAUUGGAUCUGUCAAAGGCAUAGCAGUAGGUCUUUUUGAAAGCCAUUGUAUCUGUGUAUAGCUUGAUAUGUUGUGCAGGUACUGCAAAUUACCUCUUUUUUUCAACCACACUCCCAAACUCUCAGUUUAUGAGAAUCUAGUCUCCACCAUCCGCUUCUUUCUAGAACUCAGAAGAAAAUUGUUUACUGAACUUAUGCAAGGUUUACAUGUUGCCACAAAGUUGAUGGCUAAUGGAGGUGCUCCAGAAGACAGUUUCCCCAGUGAGCUGGAAUCCUGAGUAAUCAACCUAGUUUACAAAACAAGCAUACCUGAAAAAUGGAGAGCGGAGAGGGAUCAAAGCAGCCAUAUUGGUGCUAGUAGCUGAUAGUUUGAAGCUGUUCAAAGCUGACCUGUUAACCUGAAUACUUUGGUUUCUGCUUUGGAAGGUGUAUCCUUUUAGGCUCUGAACAAACACUACAUAGGAGUUGCUUGAACUAAAGCAUGGCUUGACUGCAACAUGAGACUGCACUGCUGGAGGACUACCCUUGGCUUGCUGUUGCCCAUCAUGUCACUGUCUAGUGAACAAGAUGGUGGGCCACUGACAAUAUUUUUAUCCAUCUUAACUGCUUAGGAGGGUUUACUGACUCUACAAUGCAAGUUUUUCAAGCUUGUCUAAUUGAAAAGCAAGCUAUUGUAUAUUUAUCUUUUUAUAGCACUUUUGUUAUGUUAGUUUUUCUUGCUCCUCCCUCCCCGGCGGUGGUUUAUUUUGCGGGGGAGGGGGCACACUUGAAUGUUGGCUCUUACUGGGUGACAAACUUUAAAAGAAGGGGCAGCAACUUUGCAGCCUUAUUUAACAUGGCUCUUUGCCACACUCCUUUUUCCUUUUAAGAGAUGUACAUAAGUUCUGUCUGUACAGGCCUAGCUGGAAGUUAUCCCUUUCUCUUUUGAAUACUAUGAUUUUUUUUGUCUCGAAGAUGAGAUUGAGAGCACACCUGCAUUUGAAACUCCUGGGUUUUUUUUUGGGGGGGGGGGGGUAAAUAGCACUGCAUUUCUUAAACUUUUAACAUUUCCUCCUACUUGCUUGGUUCUGUUAAUCUGAUGGUCAACUGUUAACAUUUUGGCUAUUGAGGAAGAGAGAAACAUGAUAAAACAGUUGUACAGUUCCAUUGUAAUGCCUGUAGAUUUUGUACUACUUUUUAAUUUUUUUUAAAAAAAACCUGAUGUAUAUUAGAGUCAUACUUACCAAACUGUAUAGGAAAAGUGCAAUAACCUGAAAAAAACAAAACGAUUAAGAACUACUUCUCUUGUAUUCUGUAAUACUAAUUUCCUUUCAACUGCUUAUCCCCUCCCUACCAUUAAAUGUAUUUUAAAAGACGUGACUAUGGGUCAGGACUUCAUUUAGUGCCAUAACGAAAGUCUGUUCUAGUAGACAGAAUACACAAGUGCUGUGCUGUAUAAUAAAGAUUGCAUUGAUGUUUUA